GCGCCGAGGGCGUGCAGGCAGCGGAUUGCCACGUCCGAAAGUUGGCGAGCAUGCCGAACGCCAAUGAGUCUGUAGAAGAGCUGUACCGAAAGCGUGCUCAAGAUGAGGAUGCAGUGCCGCCACUGCAACGACAAACUCACUCCAUGCCGGACUUGCAAAGCGGCAUUCACAACACGGAGGCAUCAAGGCAAUACAAUGAUGAUGUGGAUCGAUGGCUCCGGAGACUUCUAGUCGACGUCAACAUCUCGCACAAGUCUUUGCCGUCUGUGCCGGCGCAGCGUCAAAUCUGCACCCAUUUGGACAAGGUGCACAACUGGUUUGACCGAAGCCGAUGUGCUGCCCGAGACUUGAUGGAGAGUGCUGGGGCCAAGAAGCCCCCUGGAGCAAAGCCACCGAUGCAGGCUGGCAUCUACCUCCCUGCCGGCAGUCCGCCGCUGCCUGGGUCGGUGAAGUGGCAGGGCCCCGAGCCAAAACAGAUCGUGAAGGCAGCGAAGAGCGAUGCCAAAUCACAGCGUCAUCCCAACGAGUACAAAGAAGAGGCGGCCGUUGACGAUA